CUUGAAGCUGUUAAGAUUCUCAGAUGGACGGCAACACUACUCUUCUGUAAACAGCACUGUCACAACAGGUUAUCACCAAAAGUGCCACCAGACUCUGGGUCUUCCUAUUGAUGGUAUACAAAGGAAGGGACACAGAGCAAAAUGACAACACUUACUGUAGGAAAACCAUCCUCUAACAAAAAUGAUGUCAAGAAUGCUUCCCUUGCAAUGAAGAGUAGGCAACAAGUCAUCAAUGAGGUCAACAAGCGAAGGACCCUGUUGCAAGAUAACAGCUGGAUAAAGAAGAGACCUGAGGAGGAAAACACUGAUGAAAACUAUGGCAGAGCGGUGCUUAAUCAAUACAAAUCACAGGACAGCUUACACAGGAAUGCGGAUGAACAGGAUGAUCAAAAAGCUUUGCUUAGCCGUUAUAGAUCUGACACUACUUUAGACAGGAUUUCUGGCAGAAGUGAUGCUGAUAAGGCAAAUAAGCUUCCCACCUUAGAGAGCAGGUCAAGUAAGAGCAAGGAGCCUGAUGUGUCUUUCAGCACUGGCAAUUCUACAUCACCUGUGAAGAAGAAAAGGCAGUCAUGGAUGCCUCCCCCUGUCUCAAAUCAGAAGAUCAUCACAGCUGAUAUGGAACAAAAAAGGCAUUCCUGGGCCAACCAUACUGCAGCAGGGAUACCUGUCAAUAAUAAACCAGCCAGCAUGAUCACUGGUCAUGCUGUCUGGGAACUUCAUAGAGUUGUCCAGAAGAGUUCCCACUGCUUCAGACAAAAUGGUGGACCAAAGAUGACUAUCUACUCCUCAGAACCAAAUGCUUCUCCAAAGUCAAAUGGUGCUGUGAAUGACCGAUCCACCACAAGGCAGAUAUCUCCACUGAAACCCAAUGUAUCAGAUGUCAACAGAACUGCAACCACAGAGAGAAUUGGGAGAAACCAAGACUUGGAUAACCUCAUUAAAGUCAAAGCUAAAGAGGAUAAAAGUGACCAGAGAAGAAGCCAAGAUCAAGAAAAAUCCAUCCAAGACAAACCCAACAUUAAUAAACAUGACCAGAGACACCAAGACCCGGAUGAUGUCAUCCAAGUGAAUCGUGCACCUAACGGAUAUGGCAAGGGUUCCCAUGACCCACACACUGCAGAGAAAAAUAUGCAUCCCUACAAUUACAGAAAUUGCUGGGCACCCGAACAAGGCUACAACACUUCCAACAUUCCUGCUAAGCAGUCUGAUGCAGACCAUUUAUACCAGGUCACAAGAGGCUCCAGCUAUAAUGCCUCAAGCAGUCAUUCACGUCCAAAGGACACUAUUGUGUACACAAGAACGUAUGAGAAUAGCCAAUUUCUCCAUGAUGCUUAUGAAGACACCAUCCCUGGAAAAUCAAUUAAAACUGUUUAUUCUACUUCUGAUAGAGCCAUUAUUGAAAAAGAAAUGUGCACCUACUGUCGAAAGCCCUUGGCCAUGGAUACCAAGAUGAUUCUGGAUGCCUUGCAGAUUUGCUGUCAUGCAUCUUGCUUCAAGUGUGAAGUCUGCCAAGCACCUUUGGAAAACCUGAAGGCAGGAGACAGCAUUUGGAUUUACAGGAAUACAGUGCAUUGCACCCCAUGCUACUCUAAAGUGAAAGCAUCAUGGGCUUAUUAAUCAUUAUUGGCAUCAGAUCAAGUUAUUGGCAUCAGAUCAAGCUACACAUGCAUGUUAUCUUGGAAAGUCAUAGCAGUUUCUAAAAAGAGUGAUUGGAGUAUUCUAACAGUUGCCACAAACAGGAGACACAGAUGAUAAAGAGAACAAAUGUCACAAGCCUACAAGAUACCUGUAAUAGCAGCAAGAAGUGUCUAUAGCUGCAAUCCUAUGUGCAUUUACCUAGGAUUAAUUCCAAUUAAACCCAGAGGAGUAUGCUUCUGAGUAAACAUACAUAGAAUUAUACUAUAAAUGUACCAUUUGGAGCUACCUAAUUUGGUCUUGACUAAAUAUGUAUUUUGUUUUCAUAUUCAAGAAUAGUUCACACAUGCAUCUUUAUAACUGAAUGAAUUGUAUGUGUGAAUGCAUCACCACAAAUAUAAUUUAAUUUUAGCGCAGGUAUAGUGGCUUCAAUCCCAAAUGGUGCUUUAAAUCCUUCAUCUUAGUGUGAGUAUAGUGGUGUCAGUCCUCAGUUGUGCUUCAAGUUCUCUAGAAGUCAAUGGAUAAAAGUCAUUAUGGCUGAUUGUAGAGCAAGUAACGUUUUCUGGAUUGCAGCCAGUGUUUUUCUUUAGAUUGGGGCCAAUGCCACACUGAAGUCUCAAGGAAAGGGGAAAAAAGCAAUAGCCAGGCCAAAGCAUCAAAAUCUAAAGAUUUUUUUGUGUAACUACUGGCCUUCCUCAAGGAUGACUUAUGGACUGGUAACGGAUUGUGGGUGGAAUCAGAGCUCUGUCUUUGAUGGUCAUACUGACUGAAGCUUUCUGGGCACUGUAGUAUCCAAAGUAACUUUUACACAUUCUGGACAGGGUGGUACACAAGAUGUAAAAGCUGGUGUCAGUGUAAGAAAGGGAGUUGGCUAUGGGGACUGUGUGUCUUGAAACUGGCACUCAUCUGGACAUACUGAUAUAUAAUUCUUCAGCUUGUGAAUAUUAGCAACCUCUUUAUUAAAACGUCUGACCAGACCCAAUGAUCCUGCAAGCACUUAGCCUCCUGUAUGUUAAUGCUAAAUAUUCAGCAAUGAGGACCCUAUUGUAAUUGUGUUAUAUAUUUUUAAACUGAUGGUUUUACAGUUGUACUAUAGAGUUACAAACCUUAAUCUGUGUGUGUAUGUGUGUUUGUAUGUGAGUGUGCACUCACACACACAUGUUCCCAUGCAUAUAUUCCUUUCCUUACUCUAAGAAUAUGCAAACAACUUAGGACAACUGGUGGUAAGAAGUAUAGAGAAACAGCAUGUUGCUUGAAAUGAGCCCAUUACAAACUAUUAGUUAUAAUGCUGACUUGUUUCAACAAACCAUACUUGUUAAGAUUUUGGUAGAACGAGCAACUGUGCUCCAUACAAAAAAUGAAGCAAAAGCUUCUCAUUUCUUUUCAGCCAUGGCACAGGAGGAAUAGAUUUGAGGAAGAUGUAUCUCAGUUCUAUCAUAAUAAACUAUGGUUUGUCAUGACAUCUGAAUGCAGGCGUUAAAAUUUCAGUUUUGGUGUAGAAUACAUUGUAUAUACUCUCAUAUACAAUCAACAGUCCUAAACAUAAUUCGGAUAGAAAUAGUGUUUCACUGACCUAGCGUGUGAUGUGGGAUGGGGUGGCAGAGCACAGAGUGUAAAAAUGCUCACGCCGUCUAGUAUUUUAUUUGCUGCUUGUAUUCUUAUUCUGUUAAUGUUGCUUCAAACUGAUUUUUGCCAUUCCAGAAUCAUUGCAAUAAAGAACUGAUCAAGUGU